GAUGGGACCGGAAUUUGUUUGAGAACACUAACCGGUGACAGUUGGUAAUAUUGAAGAAGCAAUUAAGAAGUUAAAGCCCUAAACAUAUUCAGGGGCGGUUGUCGGAGAGAGGGGAGGUCCCGUUGGGUGAGCAAUCAGCGAGAGAGAGACAGAAGGGUUUGAAGUUAAGGAUGAGCAGCAGCAAUGUUAACAAUACGACUAGCAGUAGUAGCCACUCAUUAGUGGUGGGCAAGGAAUCAAUCCAAGUGAUUGCUCAGAAAAUUGGCAACAAUUUAUCCCCUGAUAUCUUCCCCUCUCUCGCCGCCGAUGUCGAGUAUCGUCUCCGAGAGAUUAUGCAGGAAGCUAUUAAAUGUAUGCACCAUUCCAAUCGGACUCUGUUGACUUCCCACGAUGUCGACUUCGCACUCCAUCUUCGAAACCUAGAGCCUAUUUAUGGGUUUGGAUCCGGGGAUGCACUCAAGUUCAAGAAAGCUACAACACAUAAGGAUCUCUUCUACAUUGACGACAAACAAGUCGAUUUUAAAAAUGUUAUCAAUGCACCUAUAUCGAAAACACCUCGAGAUACUUCUGUUACUGCUCAAUGGCUUGCUAUUGAAGGUGUACAGCCUGCUACCCCCGAAGCUACUCUGUUUGAAGCACUGGCGUCGCCAUCCGAUAACAAGAAAGCAGAAUACAAAGAUGAUGAAAUAUCAGCUGAUGUCAAAUAUCCAGUGAAGCAUGCACUCUCUCGUGAGCUACAGCUUUACUUUGAAAAAAUCACCGAACUUACCGUGGGUCGGUCUGACUCUAUACUCUUUAAAGAAGCACUGUUGAGCUUGGCAACUGAUUCAGGCCUCCACCCUUUAGUUCCUUAUUUUACAUAUUUCAUCAGUGACGAGGUAAUGCGCAAUUCAAAGAGUUUCCAUCUCUUAUUUGCUUUGAUGCGACUUGUCCGGAGUCUUCUCCGAAAUCCACACCUCCACAUUGAGCCAUAUCUACACCAAUUGAUGCCAUCUAUAAUGACCUGCCUUAUUGGAAAAACAUUGAGCCAUAAAUUGUCUGACAAUCAUUGGGAGCUUAGAAACUACGCAGCAACAUUGGUUUCUUCUAUAUGCAAAAGGUAUGGUCAUGCUUACCAUAUCCUGCAGCCACGUGUGACCAGGACUCUCCUACACACUUUCUUGGACUCAACAAAGACAUUGGCACAACAUUAUGGAGCAAUUCGCGCCCUAGCUGACAUUGGACCCAGUGUGGUUGGUUUUGUUGUACUGCCAAACCUUGAACCAUACUUGCAACUUAUAGAGCCAGAAAUGCAAGUUGAGAAGCAAAAGAAUGAGACAAAGAGAUAUGAAGCUUCCCGUGUAUAUGGUGUCCUGCUGCAUGCAGUUGGUCAAUGCGUCUACAAGAAGCUAAAGCUAAUACCCUCACCUUUAUCUUCACCAACUAUUGUCCCUUGGAAGGUUAACUCGAAAAUCAUGACUACCAUGGCAAGUAAACGUAAAGCAAGCAUGGACAACAUAAUGCAACAACCACCUCUUAAGAGAGUAGCAACUGAAGGUUCUAUGGGUGUGAGUUCCUUUCCAGUUAACAUUCAAAGAACAGCUGGAGGAUAUUCUACAGGUCUUGGGGGUUCUGAUGUGGGUUUAUCAUCAUCAAUGUCUAGACAGAUACCCACCGAGAAUGCAUUAGGAAUCAAUGGCAGAAAGGAUGAUCGAGCAAAGAAGCCAUCAAGUGCAUCAACACAGGCUUGGAAGGAGGUCAUGGAUGCUGGACAAUCGCUGCCACUGCUAACAGAAUGUUUUGGUGAAAGCAUGCUUACAUUCAUACCCACUCCACUAUCUAAUAUAUUUCUUUGAGGAUCUGGAGAUUAGAGAGAGAGAGAGAGAGAGAUGAACUGACUAGAGCAGUGUAUGUUGUGUAUACGAAACUGUAAAAACUAUUAGGCAAAGAGGAGAGCUGUUAAGAAAGGUUUGAAAUUUUAUUACAGCAUGAUUUUCUCUGUUUUAUUUAUCUGGGAGAAAAAGCUGGAAUAAGAUGGCAAAUAUUUGGUGUGCUCAAUCCCCGGAAAUUUUAUCUUACCUUCCCAGUUCUUACUUUCCCCAAA